CCGGAAGAGCGCAGGAAGUUUGCUGGAAAACCGCCGGAAACGGACAGGAAGGAGACCCUGCGACCGCGAAGCCUCCUGCAGCGCCCCCUGUUGGCAGAGGCUCGGCGAGGCCGAGAUGAGGUUCACGACGUGGCCGCGACUCUGACCCCAUUGCAGUGUCUGUAGGGAAGAGGAGCCAUGGGGCUUUGGGCAGGCCCCAUCCUGCUUCUGCUGCCGUGCCUGCUGCCAGGGGCCCAUGAGGAUGUGCUGCCUUUGGAAUGCGGCCACCCCAAGGAGGCCGGGAGGAUUGUGGGAGGCCAAGACGCCAAGGAAGGACGCUGGCCAUGGCAGGUUGGCCUGUGGUUGACCUCAGUGGGGCACAUAUGUGGGGGCUCCCUCAUCCAUCCACGCUGGGUGCUCACAGCCGCCCACUGCUUCCUGAGGUCUGUGGAUCCCAAGCUCUACCGUAUUAAAGUUGGAGGGCUGUCACUCUCCCUUUCGGAGCCCCACUCCACCUUGGUGGCUGUGAAGAGGCUCCUGAUCCACCCCUCGUACCAUGGGACUGCCACCAGUGGGGACAUUGCCCUGAUGGAGCUGGACUCCCCCGUGCAGGCCUCCCUGUUCAGCCCUAUCUGCCUCCCAGGACCCCAGACUCCCCUCGCCACUGGGACCCUGUGCUGGGUAACGGGCUGGGGGUCCAUGCUGGAGAAAGCCCUGUCAAGUGUCCUUCAGGAGGUGGCUAUGCCCCUCCUGGACUCGAACAUGUGCGAGCUGUUAUACCACCUAGGAGAGCCCAGCCUGGCUGGCCAGCGCCUCAUCCAGGAUGACAUGAUCUGUGCUGGCUCUGUCCAGGGCAAGAAAGACUCCUGCCAGGUGACAGCAGCUCCUGGCCACCCCAUCCAGAUGUGUGGGCUCUUUAGGCUCACCCUGUCCUGGGCUCUGUCCCCAUGUCCCACACCCCAGGGUCUUCAGAGGGACCGGAGUCCUUGCCUAGCCCCUUGGCCUCAGCAGCAGACUCUUGAUGGCACUUGGGGCCCAGAUGUCUCCCUCAAUGUGAACUUCAUGGGACCCUCCCUCUCUCUCCUCCAGGGUGAUUCUGGGGGGCCACUGGUCUGUGCCAUCAAUGAUACGUGGAUCCAGGCGGGCAUUGUGAGCUGGGGAUUCGGCUGUGCCCAGCCGUUUCGGCCUGGGGUCUACACCCAGGUGCUAAGCUAUACAAGCUGGAUUCAGAGAACCCUGGCUGAAUCUCACUCAGGCGUGUCUGGGGCCCGCCCAGGUGUCUCCGGCUCCCCCUUAGGUGCCUCUGGGACCCACCCAAUGCUACUGCUGGAGCUGUUGAGCCUACACUUGCUUGGGGCCCUGUGAAACCAGGAGCCAUGGAUUCUGGGAUCCCCCUUCUGGUAGGAUUGAUGAAAUCUAAUAAUAAACACUGUAGGUGUGUAUUUUAUGU